UGUAUAUGCUCUAAGGCUGCACAUGUAAAUCCAGCCUAAUGCUUCAGUUUUGCUAGGUUACUUUUCUCUGAACUCGACACCAUUCAAAAGUAGAAAACGAAAGGAAAAAUUCUUUGUUUUCAAAUAUAUACGUGCGGUGUAUAAAAUUCAGUGACAUCGUACCUCAGCCAAACAAAAAUCUACUAGUAGAAACGUUAUGGAUCGAAGUAAACAAGAUUCAGAUGACACUUCGUCGCCUCCAAAACAACCCAAAGUUAGUUCUACGCUUGGCGCUGCUUUCACCAACUUGAAGAAGUCAGAAUUUUUCAAAGAAGACUUGCCACAGAAUAAUGUAGCUGGACCGUCGAAGCCUAAAGGAGCGCUGAAGUUGAAUGCUAUCCUUGUUAGUCCUAAACAGAAAGGAAAUCCUUUGCUGAAGUCUAUAACCAGUGUUCCCUGGGAGUUUGAUGAUAUAGUUCCAGACUACGUGAUGGGCAGAGGAACGUGUGCACUCUUCCUCUCGAUACGCUAUCACCAAUUGAAUCCAGAUUACAUCCACGACCGGCUCAAGUUAUUAGGCAAAGCGUAUGAUCUCCGAGUUCUAUUGGCCCAGGUCGAUGUUGCUGAGCCUCACCAUUCUUUGAAGCACUUGACGAGAAUAUGUAUUCUAGCUGAUUUGACCUUGAUGCUAGCUUGGAAUGCUGAAGAUGCUGGCAAGAUCAUCGAAACAUACAAGAUCUAUGAAAAUAAACCUCCUGACAUGAUUAUGGAACGAGGAAAUGUAUCUUCACAUGAGAAACUCAUCAAUGCAUUGACAUCAGUAAGAUCUGUGAAUAAAACGGACGCAAUGACUCUUUUGUCAACGUUUGGGUCUGUGGAGAAAGUCGUCAAAGCCUCCAGUGAAGCAUUGGGUCUCUGUCCUGGGUUCGGACUCCAAAAGGCGAUUCGUCUUCAUAAAACAUUGCAUGAACCAUUUUUGAGAGAUUCAAGAUUGCAUUCAAAAAAGGCAGUAAAAACUACGACAUCAACAGAUGAAACCAACGUCAUUUAGAAAUUACCAUUGAAAAUAACUUACCUUUACUCUGUUCGCUGGCGAAGUUCCCUUUGUAAUGUGUAAGAUUGUGAAGAUAUUUCCUGAUCAUUUCAUUAAAUAAUAACGCUGAUGUUACCUUCAUCCUUGAUUUACUACAGAAUAAGAAUUGAUAAUGUGAAGAAUUUAUUUAAUAUGAAAUGUCUAGUGAAAUCCGACGGUGAUACUUCAUUGUCACACUUAUUCUUCAAGUUUGAGGAAACCUCCUGGUUGCAUCUUAUCCGCUAUACAUGUAGUACUUGUGCUUCUGAAUGUAAUUUCAUUCAAACAAUCUCAAAUAUUACUACGUUGAUAAUUAAUCAUGCUGAAGUUAGCAACGUUAUUAUAACGAUUCAUAUUGAGGAAAACCGUUAUUUCGGAAUUUCUAAAUUUUCUAAAACUCGGUAAGCCGUAAUAAUGUAAGACAUAUUUUGAAAAUUUAGCUCCUUCAACGUCAUUCUAAAAUUGGAAAAUAGUGAACUUUUUUCCAUUGCUUCGUUCCAAUAACGUUACCGACUUCAACCUCCUUGAUAAUUGAAAGGUGAGAAAAACAUGUCCAUUCAUGGAUCAACAAGACAGACUGAAUUUUUACAAUUGUUAAGGUAGUUAUUAAAUUUUCAAAUCGAUACAUCACUGUAAUACCAUGUGGUCUAGAAAAACAUUAUUAAAUUUCUGUAUACAUAUCAUA